CGCCCAGUCGCAACGCUGGACGGUGACGUUUGCAAAUCUGAUGUUUGCGCUUUGUGGCUGUUAGCUGGAAACACCACACUCUCAAACAACAAAACAAGCUUAAUUCAAGUAAAAUGACGAUGUUAGGAUAUUAAAAACAUCAGCCGGGAUUUUUGUUUCGGAUUCACGGUUUCUGGCUUCAAACCUGUUACCUGAAGGCCUGUUGUGAGAGGAAAUCCCCGGACUGAACUGCGACUCCAGGCCGGUUUGGGAGGACAUGCCACCGGCGAGAAAGCUGCUCAAAACUCGCCUAUCUUCGCGUGUUUUACCCGUAAAACAUACGGCAAGUGCCUGAACUAAAGCCAAAAGACUUUUAUAAGACAUGAGACUGUCAAACUGACCUACAAAAUGUGCUAAAACAGACCGAGGAGGGGAGGUUUAUGGAGUGUUAGCAGACGGUGCUGAUAAGCAGGGUCACCGUUUCUGGAGUGUUUGCAACUGAGGACUCGAAUCCGUCAGGAUGAACCGUUACCUGCCUGUGGCACGGCAGCACUUUCUGAGUGCUCUCGCAAGCACGAGUGUGGUGGUCAAAUCCAUAUGUGCCACAGUAAUCCUGCUGUACCUACUCUCCUGGGCUGCUAACACCACUUACCUGCUUGCUGUCACACCUGGCUUCCUUUUUCCUCCCAACUUCUGGAUUUGGACACUUCUGACCCAUGCGGUGGUGGAGCAGCACAUUUUUGGUGUGGCAGCAAACAUUGCUACUGUGAUGGUUGCCGGGCGGCUUUUGGAGCCAUUAUGGGGAGCGCUGGAGCUGCUGAUUUUCUUCGCUGUGGUAAAUGUAGCAGCCGGUCUCCUAUCUGGACUCUCCUACCUUCUCACCUACGCUGCGACCUUUGACCUGGACUACCUGUUUGCCGUGCGGGUGUACGGCGCACCUGCUUUUCUUGGGGGCAUUCUUGUAGCGCUGAAGCAGACUGCAGGAGACACCACAGUGCUUCGAGUUCCUCAAAUACGCUUGAAAGCUGCCCCAGCACUAGCUCUGCUUGCAAUAGCUGUGCUGCGGCUAGCGGGGUUGCUGGACACUUCAGCUCCACUAGCAGCGUGUGGGUACGGAGCACUGUCUGGGUGGGUUUACCUGCGCUUUUACCAGAGGCACUCUAGGGGGCGUGGAGACAUGUCGGACCACUUUGCCUUCGCCUCUUUCUUCCCAGAGGCUCUCCAGCCGGCUGUUGGGUUUGCAGCCGGGCUUGUGCACUCCGUCCUUGUGAAGAUGAAAGUUUGUCGUAAAAUGGUGAAGCGCUAUGAUGUUGGGGCUCCAUCCUCCAUCACCAUCAGCCUGCCAGGCACAGACCCUCAAGAUGCAGAAAGGCGGAGGCAAUUGGCAUUGAAAGCUUUGAACGAGCGCCUGAAGCACGCAGAAGACCAGUCGGCUUGGCCCAGCAUGGAAGAUGAGGAGGAUGACGAAGAUGAGGAGGUGCGGACAGACACUCCUCUCCUUUCCAGCCGAGAGACUUUGCCACCAGCACCCAGCACCACACAAAAUCCUACGGGACAACAGGAGUCCAGCAUCAUAAGUUUCGAAGAUGCUCCAACCCAUUCCUAACACACAGACACACACAGUCCUUCUUUUUGUCCUGCAGAGUUCAGUUUAACCUUACACAAAUGCUACUGGAGACAUGACACACACACUAUCUUGGUAAAGUUUUACAUAGACAAACAAGGAGUUGCCACUAAAUGAACACAUCACCCAGAUAAGUAAACUGAAUGACAAAGACAUCCACACUCAGUUUUUCAGCUGUACAAAAAACCCUGGACUAGCCUGAAUCAUAGCAUCUGCAGUGCUCCAGUACUUCUGCUUUGUAAAAAGAAUAUCUUCUCUCCCUCUGGCCUCUUGUGUAAGGUUUCUGGGAUGAAUUGUUUCUGAAUAAAUGCUCUAAUGAUUGAUGGGAUUAAAACUUUUUAAAUGUAUGGCAGACUCUAAAAAAAUUGUAUGGGUUGCCUUUUUUUGUUUGGUGUUUUUUGGCCUUGUAUCAGGAAAAGGCAAUAUUCCUGAUAUUUAUUGAGCAGACCAUGGGACUUAUUGCUGCUUACUGAUGUAACAGCAUCAUAAGAAUGUCUGGAACAUCAAGGGCUGGAUUGCUAAAGAUAAGGAUUGUUUGCAAAUGUUGGGACUUUUCAAAGAAAGUGAUCUCUAAUUUAAGGCUCUCCUCUCAUUGGUCAGGAUGUAGCCCUCUGAUUUCCUGUUUUCAGUCACGGCGAUUUAAUAGGUGGAGGCAUAGAGAGGAGAGAGUUGGAUACAGUCAUUUCAAAGAUAUUUUUGUUCAGAAUAGUUUGAAAUGAUAAUAGCAAUAUAGAAUCUGAAUCUGUUCCCUGUUGUACCCUUUUCCUCUUGUACUUUAAUGAUGUCUAUAUCUGUUGGCUUUGAUAAGAGUGUUGAACUCUAAAUUAUGAGCUUACAUAAUGGACCUGUUUUUAUAAAACACAGAUUGUCUACACAAUGUGGCUUGAGUUUGAGUUUGUAUUCUGACAAAUAGCUCAGCUAUUUCUUUGGAGAAAUGUGGUUAUGUAUGAUAUUUGGGUAGGGUUCCUAAAUCUUUGUUUUCAUUGAUAUUUUUAACCUUUUUUUUCUUUGGGGUUUUUACUAGUAAUUGUUGAUCUGUUUUACCAUGGUUCCAAGGCGUCAACCUUGAUGCUUCUCUGGUAGUCACUUUCUCUGAUUCAGAUCUCAGCCUAAUUCUCUGAUUUCUCCAUCUCUAAUAAAGACUAAAUGAACACA